AAUUCUAAACUACCGCCAAAAACAUUUCUUUCCAAAAACACUUGCUCUCCUGUCUCCUCCUUCAAACACACAAUCUCUCUCGGGAUCUUCACCCCUUAAUCCUUUCUAGGGUUUCCCAGCCUCGUCAAAACUCCCUUCUACACGGCGGCGCCGGCGGAAAAACAAGAAAAUGUCUCUUUCUUCAACCACCAACACCACCACUUGCACUUCCCUCCUCCAAGAACUACAGAUCAUAUGGGAUGAGAUUGGCGAAGGUUACAGCGAGAGAGACGAGAUGCUGCUUGAACUCGAGCAAGAGUGUCUCGACAUAUACAACAAGAAAGUUGACAAGACUCGCAAGCACAGAGCUGAGCUGCAACGAUCCUUAGCUCAGUCUGAAGCUGAGAUCGCCACCCUCAUGUCUGCGCUCGGUGAACAAGCCUCGUUCUCGAAGAAAGAAGGCUCUUUGAAGGAGCAGAUCUCUUCUGUGAAGCCUGUGUUGGAAGAACUGAUGGUGAAAAAGGAUCUGAGAUGGAGACAAGUGUCUGAGAUAGUGACUCAGAUAGCAGAGAUCUCUUGUAACAUCGCUGGGAAUGAUUCUCCUCUUAGCUCUGGUUUAGAAGUUGAUGGAAGCGACUUGACUAAAAGAAAGUUGGAUGAGCUUAGAGCACAUCUUCAGGAUCUUCGCAAUGAAAAGGCUGUUCGGCUGAAGAAAGUGAACUCUUAUAUCAGUGCUGUCCACGAGUUGUCGGAGAUUCUUUCAUUCGAUUUCUCUAAGGCGUUGGGUAAUGUCCAUAAAAGCCUUACCGGGGCUUCGAAAAGCAUUAGUAAUGAUACGCUUGCUAGAUUGACAGAGCUUGUAGAGUCUCUGAAGAAAGAGAAGCGUCAGAGGCUGCUUAAGCUACAAGGUUUGGGAAGAACCAUGCAAGAGCUGUGGAGUCUGAUGGAAACAACUACGGAUGAGAGGAGAAGAUUUGACAAUUUGAGUGUGUUGCUUUCUGUUCAAGCUGAUGAUGCCUUGGGAAAAGGAUGCCUCGGUCUUGACAUUGUCCGAGAGGCUGAAGAUGAAGUGAAAAGACUGAAUGCCCUGAAGUCCAGCAAGAUGAAGGAGUUGGUUCUGAAGAGGCAUUAUGAACUAGAAGAAAUCUGCAGAGAGGUUCAUAUGGAUUUCAACAGCGAUGCUGCAAGACAGAGUCUUAUCGACGUCAUUGAUUCUGUGACGAAGGUUUCCUUUGCAGGUGAUGCUGAUCUGUCUGAUAUUCUGGAAAGCCUAGAUGAGCAGAUCGAGAAGGCAAAAGAAGAAGCUUCAAGCAGAAAGGAAAUUUUAGACAAAGUUGAAAAGUUGAAGCACGCAAAGGAAGAAGAAAAAUGGCUUGAUGAUUAUGAAAAGGAUGAGAACCGCUUCAGUGCUGUAAGAGGAGCGCACAAAAAUUUAAAACGCGCGGAGAAAGCUAGGAGCCUUAUCAGCAAAAUUCCUGCAAUGAUCGAUGGUCUGACCACCAGAGUGAAGGCCUGGGAGAAAGAAAGAGGAGUCCCCUUCUUGUGUGAUAAGCUCCCGUUGUUACAAACACUGGAAGAAGAAAUUGUUUUGCGUGCUCAAAGAGAGGAGGAAAAGCGUCAGUUCCGAGAGCAGAAACGGCUACAAGGUCAGCUUGCUACUGAGAAAGAAGCAAAAUAUGGUUCAAAGUCUGCAAAGAAGAAGCCAUUGGGACAGAGUCUUAACACAGACAAUGUGACAAAAACACCACUUGGUCGUAGGGUUGGGACUACACCUGGAAGGUCCGGUGUCAAAGAUUAUAGAGAAAGCGGCAGAGGCAAUGCCACGGCGAUACCGCUGAACUAUGUCGCUCUUCAGAAAGAAGAUUGAUUGAUAGAUACUAGAAAGGGGAUUAGAGUUUUACAUAAGCUACAUCACAUGUUGAUGAGCUGAUGUCUUUCUUAUGUGAUUCCUUUUUG